AUCUCAUAUGACUGAAGCACUUCCAGCUGGGGCCUCCUUCAUUUAGAUGUUGGAGAGGAUCGCGGCUGGAGACCAGAAGGCAUCAAAAGGAACAAACCGCUUCAUUAAAUACUAAUCAAGCAAAUAGAGAUUUGCAGACAAUUGGAGCACGGGCACUCUGAAGACGAGACCCCAGGAGGCACCGACCGCACCCGUUGUUCCAUUAAAACGACGUGGGCUCCUGGCGCUCGGUCUCCUCGACUGACUCGACUUCCGACCGCGUCCGUCAUGUCGGAGAAAGAAGAGCUUGUGUCCUUCAGUGAAGCUGUUCUGAGGGUAAGCGGCUCCAUUUCUCGCUUCCCUCUCAUCCCGGUCAGAGGAGUUCCGCUCAUGUGCAGCAUCGCCAACAAUUGGGACACCAUCUGGGCUUUCUGUCCCGACCCCUCGGACCUCCUGAUCGCCGCCUACCCCAAAGCAGGGACCACGUGGACGCAGGAGAUAGUCGACCUGCUUCUUCACAAUGGAGACGCCGAGGCCUGCAAACGAGCCCCGACCCCCGUCCGCAGUCCUUUCCUGGAGAUGUUCUCCCCCCCUCCCACCUCCUCAGUUUUCUCAGGUCUUGAUUAUCUGAAAAAUACGGAUCCUCCAAGGAUCAUCAAGACACAUCUUCCUUUUCAGUUGGUGCCGACAAGAUUUUGGGAGAACAGGUGCAAGGUUAUCUACGUGUCACGCAACGCCAAAGACAACCUGGUCAGCUACUUCCACUUUGAUUGUAUGAAUAAGGCCCAGCCGGAGCCGGGGCCCUGGGAGGGCUACAUCUCCAAGUUCAUGCAUGGAGAGUUGUCGUGGGGCUCCUGGUACGACCAUGUCAAAGGUUACUGGGCGGAGAGAGAGAAGAGGAACAUUCUUUACCUUUUCUAUGAGGACAUGAAAGAGAAUCCUCGGCGUGAGGUGGAGCGCAUCAUGAGGUACCUGGACCUGUCCGUCUCUGAUGAGGUCAUCAGCCGGAUUGUGGAGCUCACGUCCUUUAAGAACAUGAAGGAGAACCCGAUGACCAACUACUCCUGCGUCCCGCCGCCGGUUUUUGAUCAGUCCAUCUCUCCCUUCAUGAGAAAAGGUGAAGUAGGUGAUUGGAGAAACCAUUUUACACCCGAGCAAUCCAAGAUGUUUGAUGAAGAUUAUGAAAAGCAGAUGAAGGGGGUCAACAUACCAUUUAGAGACCUUAUCUAACGGGUUUGUUUUUUUUCCCCAAACUCUUCAAACCAAAGACAUAUUUGACACUGUGCAGCAGUCAAAAGGCAGAGAUCCUGUCAGAAGCUAGAUACCAAAAGAAAAGAUUUGUUUGAGGUUGCUUAUGUGAGACCCUGUGCCGCCUGCCGUGCAGAUAGAAAGGAAAUCCUCUGUAUGGGUAUUUUAAGGAUCAAUAAAAAAUGCUCUCCACAAUACAA